UAUGGAUUAUUUGUUAACAAUCUCUUCCAAAGCAGAGCAGCUGCAUAAAACAAAAAAAGGAACCCAUAUUUCAAUAAAGUUUCAAUUUUUAUUCUUUUUUUUUUCUCUCUCUAGGAAAAGUUUUCAUCUCUUUCUGUUUUUUUCUCUCUUUUAGUGAUUCUCAAGAUUAAAUUUUCAAACUUUAAGCUAUAAGUAUAAAGGGUGCAAGAGGGAGAAACUAAGCAGAACCCAGUUUCUGUUUUGGGUUGAAGUUUUAGUUUUAGUUAUCAAAAUCUGUUCUUUAUUCUUUUUUUUUUUUGUUAUUUGUGAGAAAGGAAAGAGAAAAUGAGCAAUGCUCAUCAGGAAGCUAUCAAGCAAUUUUUGUCUUUGAUGGAAAAUGUUGAUGAGAGGAUGAAGGGCACAUUUAAGAACAUGCACCAGGGGUAUGCAACUGAAACUUUAAUGCGAUUCCUCAAAGCGAGAGAUUGGAAUGUUCAGAAAGCCCAUAAAAUGUUAAUUGAUUGCUUACAAUGGAGAAUACAGAAUGAGAUUGACGAAAUAUUAGCAAAACCAAUUAUCCCCACUGACUUAUAUAGAGCAGUGCGAGAUUCUCACCUUGUAGGAUUGUCGGGCUACUCAAAAGAGGGUCUUCCUGUCAUUGCUAUUGGUGUUGGGCUUAGCACAUAUGAUAAAGCAUCAGUGAAUUACUAUGUACAAUCACACAUUCAAAUGAAUGAAUAUAGAGAUCGUGUAGUAUUGCCAAAGGCCACAGAAAGUUCGGGACGACAUAUUAGCACAUGUCUGAAGGUUUUGGAUAUGACUGGCUUGAAGCUUGCAGCAUUGAACCAAAUAAAGCUAUUGACUACUAUAUCUACAAUUGAUGACUUGAAUUACCCGGAGAAGACACAGACAUACUAUAUCGUCAAUGCUCCAUACAUAUUUUCAGCAUGUUGGAAGGCUGUAAAACCUCUCUUGCAAGAAAGGACAAAGAGGAAAAUUCAGGUGCUUCAAGGUUGUGGAAGGGACGAGUUACUGAAAAUAAUGGAUUAUUCAUCCCUCCCACAUUUUUGUAGAAAAGAAGGUACUGGAUCAUCACGUCAUAGCAACAAUGGAACCAUAGAUAAUUGCUUCUCAUUAGAUCAUACCUUCCAUCAACAGCUUUACAGUUACAUAAAGUCCCAAGCUACGCUUAUAGAGACUGGUUUGCCGAUCAAGCAGGGGUCAGUUCAUGUAGAUUUUCCUGAGCCAGAUCCAGAUGAUACCAAAAUUGCAAAAACCAUUGAAUCCGAGUUCCACAGGCUUGCAGACCACGACGGUGUAUGCAACUCAUUAAAUGGCCUUAAAGUAAAUGGUGAUUAGAUUUUAGAUAAUACUGAUUAUAUAAUUGUUGCCAAUAUGUUGUGAAAAAGCCAGAACUUGAUGGCAAAAGGCUCAUCAACUACUUAAGAAUGAGUGCGGCGUUUGUAUUUCAAUUAUCCAAUGUAACAGCAGAGCUUUCUUGCAUCAGCUCAAUGCAGAUUUGGUAGGCAACUGAUAUGGUGUAAUUUGAUAUCCCACUUUAGGGUGAAUAAUAGCACAUGCUCUUCCCAAAACUCAGUAGGAAUCAUGACCCCCCUGUUCCUAAUUGCUUCCUGAAUAAGUUAUUUGCCAGCAUGCUCAGAAUAUUUAUUGAA